UAAGAAGAAUAUUAAGAAAAUCCUUAACCCUGUUCUCUCCCAACUCCUCUCAAUUUCUCCUAUAUCCCUAAUCCGGCCGUAGGCCAUUCUUUCUUGUUCUUCCCCAAAUUCUACUUCUUAAUCCUUAAUUCUAUUUUUCAAAUCCCUAAUCCCCAAUUAUCAUACCCGAAAGUUUCUAACAUUUGGUAUCAGAGCCCGGUUCGAGAAUUGAGUUCACCACAACUCUCAACCGGGGACGAGUUCUACAACUGGUUCGACGAUGAGCUCUUCAAAGCUCUCGAACCUAUCGUGGGCGAAGCUGCAUGAUCGGGCUCGCCGCAUCAGACGCUGUUGGAGCUCCGAAGAGUCGCCGACCGUGCAAGCAGAGACGGUGACCCGAAUCGCCGACGGCGAGCGACCACCAACGUCCAUCGAGUCCGCGAAGCGGUGGAAGUCACCGUCGGAGGGAGCGACACGGAACCGGUGAUGGAGGAGGAGGCUAUGGACGGAGACGUGACAGAGGAGCAGCAGCUACCGGUCCGACCUGUGACGGCGGACGAAGGAGGUGGGACACCGGACGUGCGCAGCAAAGACUUUGGACUGCUGCUGUCGAACUCCUUGCACCCGAUGGUUGGUCUUUCUCCUCAAGCCACUCUGAGGUUUCGUGCGCAGGUCGAAGAGCGACAAGCAUUGACCGAGGGACAGUUAGCCCCCACCACAAGCUUCUUCGCUGCUGUUUCGCACGGCCCCACAGUUGUUUCCACCAACCGGAGCCGACCAACCAUAGAGUCCCCGCUCGCAGCGGAAGAGGUCGAGACGAAUCAGUGGGCGCUCAAUGCCGCCGCCGCUACCGUCGUCGACACAGUACUUGGAAUCACCACUGCGGCACGAAAGAUAGCGCUCACAAGCGGGAAUGAUCAUGGAGUUUGGACUACCCAUGUUGAUCGAGUUAGGCUGCAAAAGGGAGGUAAGUUCGGUGGAAUUACUUAUGAAGGGAUUAUAAUGAAUAGGGUCCUUCUCCGAUUGUUUUAUUGGAAGUUUCGGAAGAAAGAACAAGGGCCGCCAGGUGUGUUGAGGGGAGCAAUUAAUGGCGGCAAUGGAGUUGAGGUGCUUGAAGUUCAUCCGAACUUUAAAUUGUGGGAGAGGUGUACGGGAAUCCGAGCUGCUGCAAAGGAGCAAGUGGAAGUGAGCAGGUUGUGUUGGGAGGAAGUCACCGGCAAAGGGGCGAGACUGGAGCUGCAGCAGGCGGUUGAAAUCAUUAUCGAGGCACCGGUUGUCGCAACUCCUAGCCUGCUGACCACCGCCUCUGCCACCAAGAGUGUCGUUGUCGCCUCAAACACCAAAGGAGCCAGUUGUUGUGCGCAUGAUGGGGAGGAAUAUGCAGUCGAUGGUGCUGAUAUAGGUGGGUUCGCGAGGAGUAUAUUUUUGGGGCUGCAGAACUCCGGGAAGCAGGCAUCAGAUGAGGAGGCAGCCUGCAACGAUAUCCGAGUUGCUGCCAAGUGGGUUACAUCGAGAGAGAAGCAAAUACGCGGCGAGUUUCCACCAUGUUUGACGGUGGACUGUCUGCAAGCACACAAGAAUGUGAACAUCGGGUUCAACUUGGAUUGGUGUGUUGAGGAAGCUUGGGGUGGGUAUGAAAGGAACCUUGAAGGAAAGGGGAUGAAGGCCAGUGUCGAGAAUGGACUGCGGGAUGCUAAGGUGUUAUUGCUUCUAGAUCCCUUGCUUUCAUUAGCGCGCUCACGAUCGCGGAAGGAGGAGGAAUAGAAGCAACCUGACUUGGGCUAUAGGCUCAAGGAUCUUUCUAAUCAAGCAGUCUUAAGCCCUGAACCGUGGAGGUUGCUGCAAGUAGUAGUUAGAGGAUGGUGCAUGGCUAUGAAAAGGGGCUUGGAAGAGGAUUAUCAUGCCAUGCAGGGGGCACGCAUGAAUGGUGGGUGGUUGCAUUUGGGGGAGUUUGGUGAUGAAGAUCACAAGGAAUUGGAGAUCGUGGGUUCUUUUUCUACAGAGUUUGUAGAGAAGAGUAUGGACUCAUGGGGUCUUGAUCCUAAUGAUGAUAUGGGACGCUUCGUGAGAGGAGGAUCGAUGAAAGUUGAAACCGCUAAGGUUGGGUUCGUUCGUGAGUUUGAACGUGACUGGAGGAAAAGGAGGCGUAAGAAAAGGAGGACCCGAUGUGUGGAAGGUGUGAGGAAAGCGGAAAAGUGGGGUCAGCUAGCCAACCUUGAGGGCAAGGUUGGUCUCAAGGGGGAGGAGAUGUUAGAAACACGAUUCUCGUGUUUUAGCAUAUUUAUUAUUAUAGUAAUUAUUAGGGUAAUUCUUAUAAUAGUCAGUAGUCUUUUACUAGAGUUAGGUUUAUUAUUAGGGUUUUCUAGAAUUCCCUAUAAAUAUGUACCUUACUUAUUCAUUCGGUAUCAAUAAGAAGAAUAUUAAGAAAAUCCUCAACCCUGUUCUCUCCCAACUCCUCUCAAUUUCUCCUCUAUCCCUAAUCCGACCGUCAGCCAUUCUUUCUCGUUCUUCCCCAAAUUCUACUUCUUAAUCCCUAAUUCUAUUUUUCAAAUCCCUAAAUCCCCAAUUAUCAUACCCAUUAGAAACUUUGUUAGUUUCUAACAUCAAUACUUAUACAACAUAGGGAUUUUGGAUAAACAAGAAAAGUACAGUCAUUCGAGAUUGUGAUAAUGAUUAAUUAUGUUUGCUCAUGCAUCCUAGCACCGCUUAAGAAUAAUUAUAUGAAUGAUAAAGUCAUUAGGUUCCUUAGAACCUCAACGACAACUUUAAUGGCCUUCCCUCAAUAGUCAUGUUGCUAAAUCUUCUUCCACCCAUUAACAAAAGGUGUUUGCAAUGAUUAUCCAAUAUUUACAUGAAAUAGGCCUUCUACCUCAACCUGCCAAUAUCAGAAACCCAAGUUACCCAACACCACCUUUGAUUCUAUGGUUUACUUUACUAAAGUGUUCAAGGUGCUGGAAAUGGUUUCAAGAAACAAGGCAAGAAGCAUGUGUUUGCACAUUUUGUUGUUAUACAUGUCAUAUUGAAGAAGUGUUAUAUAAGAAUAAUCGAUGUCACCAUGCUAAUAGUGUGUAAAUCGAACAUAUAAUUCUACUUAAUGUAUUACAUAUGGUUGCCAAUGCUAUUGGAACUAUCCAAUAUUCUCAACAUAUAAUUCUACAUAAUGGUCUUAGUCAAACUCAAGCAGCAUUUGAGUUGAUUCAUUUGGAUAUAUGGAGGAUAAAGUUUGUGUAGCUUCUCUCUAAAUAGUCGUUAGUAUUUUUCUGACAAUUAUAGUUGAAUAUUCUAGGUAUAUCAAGCUUCUUUUACGAAAUCUAAAUCAGAUACUCGUUUUAUAAUUUCCAAUUUUAUUUUCUUUAUGCAUAUACGUUUUCGAAACUAAACAAAAAGUAAUAUAACCAUCAACGGAUUAGUGUUCCAUAUGACAAAAUUAUACCACCAACAAGGCACAUUACAUCAAAAUCACUGGUAUUUAUACAUAACAAAAUGAAAUUGUUGGAAAAAAAGAAUAGCUAGGUAAGUUUGGACGGGCUGGUCUUUUCAUUAUUGAUCGAUCUAGUUGGGCUUCAUGUUUCCAAAAGCCCACCCAACAAUCCCAUCUAUCUUUCCCUUUAAUCCAACGGCUCAAAUUAUCCGCGUAACCGAUCCGCACCAACCUCCGCCAGCCAAUAAAAUACUCACACCGUU